CAGCUGAUUGCGAAAGGAGGUGAACAACAUAAACAAAACUUUUACGUGCUUACCUGCCUGUGUUGUGCUAUGUUUCGUUUCUUUAAAUAUUAAUCGCCAAUAAGUAGGUGAAAUCCGAUCCGACCUCCAGCGAUGACCAGUGGGAAACCCUCGAAACCGAACGUGAGUCAUCCGCACGGCGAAAAUGGCCACCAGCUGUUCAACGAAACGGACAAAAACGAACAGUACCGGCGGAGUGUGAAAAUGCUGCAGGAACGGUGCAAAGCCAUUCAAAAGAACAACGAGCGGAUUGUGCAUCGGUUACACAUGGUCAAAAAGCUAACCAAAAAGCGGAACCGCGAGGUGGAGAUACUAAAGAAUCGACUCGAUAGACACAACGACGGAUGGAGGACGGCGCCCCAGCCAGUGGCGGUCAAGCUGGAAGAGAGUAAGGCUUCGGAAUGAACGGUGUGCACUAGGCAAGGUAUAGAUAAACGUAAGUUUCAUUUUUAUUAAUUAUUCAUACAGCGUAAGCGAUUUAACAAGAAUAGAUGUACCUUAGAGUUGAUUGAUUUUUA